CUUCUCGCCGGCUUGCUGUGGCUCUGGCUUUGUCUCUGGUGGUGGUGGUGGAGCUUGCAGGGCGGUGCCAUGGAGGAGUCACCAGCUCCUUUGUGAGGAAGACGGAGAAGACUGUCGAUAUGCCGCUCGAUAGUGAUGUCUUCCGUGUUCCCCCUGGCUACAAUGCUCCCCAGCAGGUUCAUAUAACUCAAGGUGACCUUGAUGGUGCGGCGAUCAUUGUAUCAUGGGUGACUCAGGACGAACCUGGCUCCAGCACAGUGCUUUAUGGAACUGAUAAGAACAAGCUCGAAUUCUAUGCUGAGGGCAAGUAUACACGAUAUAAGUUCUACAACUACACUUCUGGCUACAUCCAUCACUGCACUCUCGGGCAUUUGAAGUAUGACACAAAAUACUACUAUGCGGUUGGGAUUGGGCAAACAAUGCGACAGUUCUGGUUCAUGACCCCUCCCAAAGUUGGUCCUGAUGUACCAUAUACAUUUGGUCUUAUAGGGGAUCUUGGACAGAGUUUUGACUCAAAUAUCACACUUUCUCAUUAUGAAUCAAAUCCCAAGGCACAGACAGUGCUAUUUGUUGGAGACCUUUCUUAUGCAGAUGACCACCCAUAUCAUGACAAUGUUAGGUGGGACACAUGGGGCAGGUUUACUGAGAGAAGCACUGCAUAUCAGCCAUGGAUUUGGGUUGCAGGAAAUCAUGAGAUUGACUUUGCUCCUGAGCUUGGUGAAAAUGUGCCAUUUAAGCCAUACAGUCACAGAUAUCAUGUUCCUUACUGGGCUUCUGGCAGCACAUCUCCAUUCUGGUACUCCAUCAAACGGGCCUCAGCAUACAUCAUUGUCCUGGCAUCAUACUCAGCUUAUGGUAAAUACACUCCUCAAUACAAAUGGCUUGAAGCAGAGCUACCUAAAGUGAACAGAAGUGAGACACCAUGGUUGAUUGUUCUCAUGCAUGCACCAUGGUAUAAUAGCUACAACUAUCAUUACAUGGAAGGAGAAACCAUGAGAGUAAUAUACGAGCAAUGGCUUGUAAAAUACAAAGUUGAUGUUGUAUUUGCUGGUCAUGUCCAUGCCUAUGAGCGCAGUUAUAGGAUAUCAAAUAUUGCAUACAAUAUCGUGAAUGGGAGAUGUAAACCAGUUCCUGACCAAUCAGCUCCUGUAUACAUCACCAUAGGUGAUGGUGGAAAUCUUGAAGGGCUCGCUACUAACAUGACAGAGCCACAGCCGAGUUAUUCAGCUUUCAGGGAAGCCAGCUUCGGUCAUGCUAUUUUUGACAUCAAGAAUCGGACCCAUGCUUAUUAUGCUUGGCACCGCAACCAGGAUGGAAAUUCAGUGGCUGCUGAUUCCAUGUGGUUUUACAACAGAUACUGGCACUCUAUAGAUGAUUCUACCACAUCUGCUACAUAAGUUGAACCACUAGUUCUGAGUCUUUGGAAAUAAACAUUUGUCUCAAAUUUUGAGGCAGGCACGGAUCCUUCUCUUUUCUUUGUACUUUUCUACUUUCUUGACCUUUGAAUCAUAAAUCUUGUAACCAAAUACUCUGCCCAUUUACACAGCUUAUUUGUUGCUUGGUCAAUAAUUAUAAUGUUCAUAUGGAAUUGCUUCUGAA